AUGCCUCACAAAGACUUGCCUAUUAGACCUCUGGUCCGUGCUUUUGACCCCGUUGGCCCAGAUACUCUUGGGCCACCCGACCUUGACUUUGCUUCACUGUUCAGAGAGACAAACGUCCCUAAAGAUGCUCCUCUGACGCUGUAUCCUGAACAGCUGGGCGUGCCAUGGCAUACUUCUUUCCCUUGGGUAAGGCAGUCCAAGUGGUGGGUACAGGGUGAAGCAGCAGGACGGGAUCUGGUGAAUCGAAUCAGUGCCGACAAAGCGUCUGAGAGAGGAGCUCUACCUGUGGAGUUUAUGGACGAGCGACGAAAAGGAAAGAUUGACGAGCUCGUUGAAGAUGCGGUUUCAUGCGCCGUUUACCUCUAUCCGUCAUCGUCGCGAACUCGAAUAGAACUGUUGACACAGGCUCUUCUUCUUCUAUAUUUCCACGAUGAUGUUAUGGAGCGCGGUGCAACACAAGAUGAAACCACAGUUGCUGAUGAUUUCGUGACCAUGAAACCUAAGAACAAACAAAUGAAGCGAUUCUACAAUGAAGUCAUGGAAUGUGAUCCCAUUCUUGGCCCUGGUCUCCUCCAGGCUAUUGGCCUAUUCGUCAAUGCAGGCCGUAAAAAGUCACCAUUCAAACAAGAUCAAUACGCAACUUUGGCCGAGUACAUCGACUACCGCCGCCACGAUAUUGCCAAACCCUUCAUGGUUGCCGCUAUUCGCUUUGGAACAGGUAUUCACCAUACCCCCGAGGAAAUCGCUCCCUUUGAGGAGCUAGAAGAGCUCUACGUGAUACACUCUAUGCUCAUCAACGAUCUCUACUCCUACGAUAAGGAGAUCCACGAGUCACGCACCAUCAACGCCUCUGUCGUCAACGCAGUACAUGUCAUUGAAAAGCUCAUGUGUGUACCGCAGCAUCUGGCAAAGACUAUUACUCGAACGAUGAGCUUCGACGUUGAGAAGAAGUAUUACGCCGAAUCAGAGAAGUUCAUGCGUGAUCCGGCGUUAAACGAUAGGCAGCGAUGCAUGAUUCCAAACCUUCGGGACCUCCCAGAGGUGUCAGGACCAGACGAAGUUCAGUCCGACUUCAUGCCCAACCCGAGCAAAAAGCCGUAUGCAUGCAACGUCACAUCGCGAGUAAACACCAUCGGACUCACCGUUUCACUUCCAUCCGUAGUUCGAGCCAACAAACCAGUUGCAUCACUUGUCCUACCAACAGAGUUUAUCCGGGGAAGCUUAUUCAUCCUGCCUGAAUUCAAACACCGCGAGAGUUUCGCGUACGUAUUUGCUCCGAGCCGGGUGAAGGUUAUCGUCUGA